AUGUUUAAUGGGUUUGGCGUGUACUACUUUUAUCCGUUUCUGUACGUCGGGUACUUCAUAAAUAAUAGCAUGGAUGGGUACGGCUACAUGUUUUGCGUUAACUCCGUUGGGGAGGAAAUUUGGGAGGACGCAAAGGAGGGAGCAAAGGAGGGAGCAAAGGGGGAAGACAACACAAACGGUGUUAGUAACAAUUUGUUCGACUUCUUAUUUGUGGGAGGUGAAAAGGGGAGGAUUACGAACAGGUCUGCUGAAAAGAUAAAGGGAGAAAAGGACGCCAAGGCGGUUGUGCAAAAUGGGGAAAGUGAGAAUCGCGGUGGGGAGACAAUCGGGGAAGAGACCUCCAGCGCGGGGGGGCUGCUCCUUAGGGUGUAUGAAAAGCUGGAGAAAAUGAUGAAGGGGGGGGAAGCUGGCCUGGGGGAAGUACUUCAGAAGGUAGAGAAACCUCCGCUGUGUGACCAAUCGGGGGGCCACCUCGUGGAGAAGCUACAAAGAGACGUCUUUAAAAACUUCAAACUGCAGACGCGCAGAAAAAACAAAGUGAAAAAAAUAAAAAAAUUCCUUCACCAAAAUGAGAAGGAAAACUUUUUUGAUAUUUUCAAACUUAUAUCAUAUGAGAAUCUACUCUACCAGGGCUACUUCCAUAAGAACAAUUUUUUGUCCACCUCGGAUGAGCAGAUCCUACACAGGAGUUUGUUCCUCCAGAGUUACGUCGAAAUGGUCAUCGAAAAGGUGAACUCGUUUCGAGGAAACUUGGCUGAGGGGGUGGAGCCCCAAGAUUUGUGCAUAAACCAGGACAACGUUUUGUACGUGCUGGAGAGGAAGAAGAAAACUGCAGAGGGGGAGAGGGCACAGGGGGUCGCAUUUGUCAGCGGGGGUGCUAACGUCAGUGGGGGUGCUAGUGCUAGUGCAAGUGUCAUUGCAAAUGCCAGCGCGCGCACAGGAAACGACUCCGCAAAUAACGAACGCAGCGAUGCACGUGAAGAACCUAAGGAGAGUGCCUCGCGCGAAGACGCGUGGAAUGCCAAUGUGUGCAGUCCCGACGUGCGUGAAGGAAUUACCCCGGGAAGUAGCAACCCUAAUGCAACUUUAUCAAAUGAACACUACAAAGACAUCAUAGACCUGAACCUUCUCAAACGCAUGUUCGAAGCCACGGCAGAUGACAACGUGGACUACGCAGUAGAGGUAGUCACGGAUAAGAAGCUUCUAAAAUAUAAAAAUACAUUUGAAGGAUUAAAAACAGAGAAGGAAAAAAACCAUCUAGAUAAAGCCACACUAAAUUUAAAUGGACAUUACCAACUGGUCGUCGUCAAUAUCAAGUGUAGGGAUGACACCUCCUUCAGCUUAAAUACAAACCAAUGCAAUAUACAAAGCAUUUACAAAAUAAAAAUAUUUUUAAUUUCUUCUACCCAAUCGUCCAUAAUUAUGUACAACAAGUUUUUCCUUUACUACAUUUGUGUGUAUGUUAAAAAUUCUGAUAAGAAGGUUAAAGGGAAA